GGAAUUUGAAGCCUUGCGUAUUUUGAUCAUCGCGACCCCAAUUCGAGCACAACGACCCGUAGACGCUUCAUCUCUGUCAGGGAGCAAUCACUUGCCAUCGAAGCACUUAGACAUUGAUCAAUUCAAUUCGUUUCGUUUCCAAGUCCCUUGGGCCGGCCUUGCAACUUCGACUGGGACUGAACCGCCAAAUCCGAUAGAUCGUCAAACAUCUUCAAGUCCGUUUACGUUUCUCUGUGAAGAUGGCUGCUGCGCUUCUCCCCCGACUCUACUCUCCGACCCUACUAUCUGCGGUGUCUUUUCGCCAGUUCACCCAGAAGCUCUUCCCAUCGUUGUCAAUUGCGAUCCCGGGCGUUUCCUUAAAUCUCCCCACCAUCGAUGAUAUCUGGGAGUCUGUGCUACGCGCUGUACCUAAGAACAAGGUCUCCCAUUCGAGAAAACGACACAGACAAAUGGCGGGCAAGGCGCUGAAGGAUGUGAACAAUUUGUGCAAGUGUCCCGGAUGUGGUCAACCCAAGCGUACACACCGAUUAUGCCAAACUUGCUUAGAAGAAAUGAGACAAAUUUGGCGUCAGGACUACCCUAAUGAUAGGUCGAUCUAAAGAGGGAAGGAUAUGGAACAUUGAUGAUUUACCACUGUAACAAGAGUCUGUAUAGUCACCACGGAAUCAUGCAUACCAUGGGCGUUUUGGCUUAUUUGAGCCUUGUAUGAAUAUGAACAAUAAAAAAGUUAAGACUAGCAUGAUUAUGCUCUAGCAACUAGAUGAUUUGAAU